AUGGCAUGGGUGCUGCCAGUUCUGACGGAGGAAGACCUGAACCACAUCGCAGCACACAAGUAUCGCCCCGGUGUUUACACACCCUUGGACAACGCCUUGAGCCCUUUCUGGCAGAGAAUUGCGGAGGCCCUGCCCCGCUGGCUGGCUCCAAAUGCGAUUACCUUCAUCGGCUUUGCGCCCUUGGUCCUGGUCUACACGCUGUCCUGGCAUGCCUGCCCCUUCUGUGACGUGGCGCCGCCUCGAUGGCUGGCCCUGAGCUACGCGACAGCCCUCUAUUUCUACCAGACCAUGGAUGCUGUGGAUGGAAAGCAGGCCCGGAGGACUGGCUCCUCCACCCCUUUGGGCCACCUGGUGGACCACGGCUGCGACUGCCUCACCGGCAUGUCCCAGCACGCGGCCUUGUCGAUGAUCCUGAUGCCCGGAGACAUGUACUGGGUUCUCCAGUGCAUGCGGUCUAUCCAGACCCCCAUCUUCCUGGCAGCGUGGCAGGACCGGCACACGGGCUUCUUCCCUACCAGCAUUGGCCCUAUCGGCGUCACCGAGCUGCAGUACGCGCUGAUGUCGCCGAUACUUCUGACAGCCAUUGUCGGCCCAGAGGUGUGGCAGUCCUGGAUGACAGCCACCGUGGAGCUUCCCUGGGCAUCCGAGACAAUUCGGCUCCUGAUCAUGAAGGCCACAGUGCAGCUGCAUGUAAGUCCCUGUUCGCUGUAUUUUUGA